AUGUCAGAACGGAUAUCACGUCUAAAGGCGAAAUUGCUUGGACGAUUAUCUCCAAAAGCGGAUGCGGACCCGAGUGCCCACUCCAACCGAAAACCCCCCUCGGGCCCUCUCGACUCCAACAAAUCCCCGGCUUAUAGCAUCGUAUCUUCAACCCAUUUGGAUGAGGUCAGUCCUCCUCGCGACCGUCACAUAGAGGAAAUCCCAUCCCCAGGGGCCAACCAAGAACCGGAUUCCUCCGUGUCCGUGCCUUCGGAACGGCCUCACCACCCAGGAACUCGCAAUUGUACGCCGUCGACCGAUCAAUACAAUUCUUCCUUGCCAACUCCCAUCUCGGGCGAUCUUCCGUCUCCCCUUGAAACCCCUCCGUUAUCGACUCCUCAACAUUCCGAUAGCACCUCCUUCCAGUCCACACACUUGAAAGCUCAAACUCCAAUCCCAGCCGAGACUCAAUUGACUCCGACCCUAAAUACUGUUCUUGAGUGGCCUACGAAUGAUCGUCGACCUUCUGCCUCCUACUUCCCUCCCCCAAGCAAGCGCCCGAGCCUUGCGAUCCGUCGUCAAUCUCUUCUCCCAGCAUCACACCAACACUUGAUUAGUGGGCUACUGGAGGGAAGUCUUUUCUCUUCGGGAGAUCAGGACAGUGGUUUCACUCCCUUCAUUCCUCGCGAGAUGGUUACACGUCGGAUUUGGGUCAAACGGCCCGGUGGCUCGGCCACCUUGGUGCCGUGCAGAGAGGACGCGGUGGUAGAUGAGCUACGCGACCAGGUCAUCAUGAAAUACGGGAACUCAUUAGGGAGAAGCUUUGACUCGCCCGAUAUUGCUAUCCGGGUCUCGCCACGAGAAGGUACGAAUCGACCAGGUCACACUGAGCGCCUCUUGAGCCCGGAGGAAGCCCUAUCAUCUAUACUCGAUGCAUACUACCCUGGUGGACAAAAAAUCGAGGAAGCAUUGGUGAUCGAUGCUCCGUCGCGCCGGACCCCAAAGCCAUCGCCGCGCCAUUCGAUUUACCAACACCACCACUCGGAGCCCGGCGAGCAUGGCGAUUACUUCCCUCUCAUGCCACCGGUCAAUGCGAACGCGGGCACACCGUCUUCACACUCGGGAGCUGCGUCAAUACCAGCUAAUGCGCCGUCAAUUUCCAUUCUCAACACCGGUGUUGCUCCUUUACUGCCAUCCCCAGGAAGCCGCAGGGCACGACACCAGCAACGACCUCCGUUGACACGACACAAAACCAAUUCUCCUACUAUUCUUCACAACCAAAACACCCAAGCUCUUGUCAUAACAGAAACCGGUGCUACUCCUCAUUCCCAACCUAUCCCGGCCCCCUCCGCUCCCGCAAUGCCUACACCCCCGGUGGCAGCACCGCCGGUAGAAUCUCCGCAGGUGAAAUCACACACUCCCCCGGCAACUGCAUCGCCACGCGUCGUCCGAAAAUCAAAGGCGGCCACUUCUCCCGGUGCUAUGUUUGGCGGGUUGAUUGACGGCACCGUUCCGCCCAUCAAUGUCCUCAUCGUGGAAGACAACAUCAUCAAUCAGAAGCUUUUGGAGGCCUUCAUGAAAAGGUUGAAGGUGCGCUGGAAAUGCGCAAUGAACGGCGAAGAGGCAGUGCGGAAAUGGCGACAAGGUGGAUUCCAUUUGGUUUUGAUGGACAUCCAGCUUCCCGUGAUGAACGGACUGGAAGCGACCAAGGAGAUCCGGCGCCUGGAGCGCUUAAACGGCAUUGGUGUCUUCCCAAAAACAGCCUCUGGCCGCUUCAGCGCGUUGAAUACCUCUGCCGCGGACAGAAGACCAGGCCUUCACCGUACGGUCAGUGAAGAGGACACUUUGCCAGAUCUUUCACUAUUCCGGAGUCCAGUCAUUAUCGUCGCAUUGACAGCUAGCAGUCUGCAAAGUGACCGACAUGAGGCAUUGGCUGCUGGCUGCAAUGAUUUCUUGACCAAGCCCGUUGGAUUCCCUUGGCUUGAGCAGAAAGUGACAGAAUGGGGCUGCAUGCAAGCCCUGAUUGACUUUGAAGGCUGGCGUAAAUGGCGCGGGUUCUUGGACUCUCCUCGCCCCGCCUCGCCAGCUGUUGAUACAUCAGCCAGCCCGAUGCAAGGUGGUCACCGUAAAGAACCACCACAAGUGGAUCCCCCAUCGCCCUCGGCCUCCCGCACUAAUAAGUCCGAUCACCACGAAGCUAAGCCAAGCCCGCCAGGUGUUGCGCAAAUCAUGCGGGAAGAUUCAUGGGGUAGCGGCAGUCCCGACAGCUUAGACUCGCUCUCGAGUCCGCAGUUUCCAACACCGGGAGAAGCAGCGCCAAUCAGUGAUGAGACGCCCGCGCCCCCGGAAGAAUGA